CUUUAUAAAAGCCAACAACUACCCCGUGGCACACCGUUGCUUCCUCUCCCUUUCCAUUUCCUUCCUUGUCCUUUCCUCCAAUCGAAUUGGUUCCCCAAAUCUUAGGGUUAGGGUUUCGUCUAUUCCGUACCUUCCUCCCAUAUUAGCGCGUCUGGUCCCUGAGCUUGCUUUGCGCGUGGGAUGAUGGGCACUGCCGUGGACCUAGGACGGAGGCAGGGCGACAGCCGCUUCUACGACGCUGCCAGGGCUCGACGAGGGCACCAUCACGGCCUUCCCAAGUCGAGGUGCGCAGCCGCCGCCGUUACCCAGGAGAAGGCGCCGGAGGAGCCCUCCCGGCUGCCAGCGUCCCCCGUAGGAGUUGCAGGCAACCUCAAGAGGUUCGUGGCAGCCGUUACGCUGUCCGUGCCGGCGGAGUACCCCUCCGAGAGAGGAGAGUGGAGGGGUUGCGGCGUGGAUGCCAACCGGGAGAGGCCCUACUUCGUUCUUGACGACCUAUGGGAGGCGUAUAAGGAGUGGAGUGCGUAUGGUGCCGGGGUGCCGCUCGUUCUUGACGGGUGCGACGGGGUCGUGCAGUACUAUGUGCCUUACUUGUCCGCCAUCGAGCUCUAUGGAGACUCAUCAGUCCUGCAGUCAUCUUCCAACCCAAGGUUACAUAUGAUGGACGACAGUGAUGAAGAUUUCCGUGAUUCCAGCAGUGAUGGUAGCAGUGAUUAUGAACAUGUAAGGGCCAAACACUUUGCUCAGGAAGGCUUCUCAAGGGAUGUUGGUGAAUCUGGAGUUACUCAUGGCCGCUUGCUCUUUCAGUACCUCGAGUUUGAUUCUCCGUUUUGCCGUGAACCUUUCACUGAUAAGAUUUCUAGCCUUUCAGCUAGAUUUCCAGGAUUGAGGACCCUUAGGAGUUGUGAUUUAUCAGCGCGGAGUUGGAUGAGCAUCGCUUGGUACCCAAUUUAUCGUAUCCCUACUGGACCAACAUUAAAAGAUUUAGAUGCCUGCUUUCUCACUUUCCAUCAGCUUUCAAAUUGCCCGCAAGGAGAUAAUCUGUGGGCUCCUGAUAGCACACCAAACAUACCACUCCCAGUUUUUGGUUUGGCUUCCUACAAGUUUAGCAACUCAGUCUGGUCCUCAACUGAUGGUGAUUGGAAACUGGCUAGCUGCUUAAGGCAAGCUGCUGCCGACUGGCUGAGAGACAGCCGUGCCGGCCAUCCAGAUUAUCAGUUCUUUGUCUCCCGUGGUGCAUACAACAGCAUACAUCCAACCGAUGCUGGAAAAAGAGGUCGCGGCAGUUUCCCCUUCUCUCUUCCACCGCCCCUUUUGAGAGUCGCUCAUCCCCGGCUGGCCCGAUCUGAUGCCUCGUCCGUCGGCGACGCUGGCUGGCGAUGGCUGCUGGAAAAAGAGGUCGCGGCAGUUUCCCCUUCUCCUCUCUUCCACCGCCCCCUUUUGAGAGUCACUCAUCCCCGGCCGGCCCGAUCUGGUGCCUCGUCCGUCGGCGAUGCUGGCUGGCGAUGGCUGAGGAGAGGUCCCUGGUUCUUCCAUAUGUAUAUUAGAGUAGCAGUAGACUUAGUUAGACUUGGCUUUAUGCCGUGGUGUGGCCUCAUGCCAGUCGGGAUACCUGCUGCUAGACCUUGUGAGCAGAGUCUGGUGGUGGCCGUCGUUGUCUCCUACCUCGCCUCCAUGGUGGAGGGGACUGGUGGACAUCGGAUCUGGCAGUAUCCCUCCCAAUAAGCUCACGUCUGCCCAACAUCUAGGAGCUGCGGUGGCUCCUUCCUCUGUUUCUUGCCGUCGUGGACUCGUGGUGAUGGCAGCAGAAAGGUGGAGAGAUCUCGCCUCGCCUCCUCUCGUGGUGCUGGGCCUCGCCGGAUCCGAGCUUCCGGCGUAGGUGGUGUUAUCCCCGCAUCUGGGAAAGGGCUUCCGGUAUCUCGUUGGAAGCUGGUGAUGGGGAUCCUAAGCUCAUUCGAUGGUGGAUCUGGAGGAGCUACGGCAUCGGUCUCCUCCAACAAUCCAUCGAUUCCUCUGGCCGAAGGGCGACCAUCCUUGUUCCUCCCAGCCACGAUGCCAGAAGGGAGGCAGUGCUGUGCCAAAUUGGAGUCUGUGGCUUGCUACAGAGGUCUCGCGGGACCAAGUGGUCCGUCCCCAGCGCCGGCGAUGAUUGUAUCCACUGCGGCGCAGCGUGGACCCGAUCGCAUUUUCAGUUUUAUGUUUGGGGUCCUUUCUAUAAGAUGCGGGGACUUGUUUUUAUUUUCAGUUUCUUUAGUGUCCUUGUUGUAAGCUGUAAUGUCUCUUCGUCAUAGUCAAUGAAGUGUUGGGUCCUUCUGGGCCCUUCUAGUGUUAGAAGAAAAA